ACGAGUUCGGUCGCAGUGCUUCCCGGCGCCGCCUAAAGCUACGUCCGCGCUGCGCCGCCCACCCGCCGCCUAACUCAAACACGCACCGAUUUCUUUCAAAUUUUAAUGACAUUUUUACUUUUUAUGCGAUAAAUAUCAUGUGUUAAAUUUUCUUAUAUGCUGUGAGUGUAUAAAGUUCUUUUUAUGUCUUAAACAAAGGCUAACGAUGACCGACCGGCAAUUUUACAAAAUAAAGAAUGAACCAUGAUCGACGCCGCAGACGAAAAUAUGCACGGUAUUAAACCGUUUAUAGACGCAGAUGUUAAACAAAACGUAUUGGAGGGCACGCUCAACAAGUCACAAUCUGGAUAUAUAGAAUUAUCAAACUCCUCUAGUGUAAAUGAAACCAUCUACCCAUUUGACGAUGAGGAAUUCAUAUUUGAUAGAACUGAUGUCAGAGCUAUUUUUAUUACUUUAUACACUAUUGUCUUCUGUUGCUGUUUUUUCGGCAACUUACUCGUGAUACUUGUGGUUACUUUAUCGAGACGAUUGCGUUCUAUCACCAACUUCUUUUUGGCGAAUCUUGCUGUGGCUGACUUGUGUGUGGGAGUGUUCUGCGUCUUCCAAAACUUAUCCAUAUAUCUAGUGCCGAGCUGGGUGUUCGGUAACUUUCUAUGCAAAAUGUACCAGUUCAUACAUUCUUUGAGCUACACGGCGUCUAUUUUCAUCCUGGUUGUGAUUUGCACCGAGAGAUACUUCGCCAUAAUUCAUCCGAUUACUUGCAAACAAAUUCUCACCUCGACGAGACUAAGGUUGGUAAUAUUGGGCGUGUGGGUGACGAGUGCGGCAUACAGCGCCCCAAAGUUCAUAUGGGUGGAGACUAUCACCAACAAUCUGGGUGAUGGAAAUACAGAGACAAUAUGUAUAGCGCAUCGAAAGAAAUUCAACUCGGAACUGUUCGACAUGGUGAACUUCGGGCUUCUGUACGUGGCGCCUCUAUCAAUCAUGACGGUUUUAUAUACGAGAAUUGCUGUUGGGUUGUGGCAAAGCUCUCACGCUCUUCAGAGCAUGGGUAGAAGCCAGUGCUGCGCGACGCAAUGCCCGCGACCGGACAAGACCGCAUCAUAUGAACCACAACGGACUUUCAUCGGCACAACUGAAGACAACAAGCAGAAAGAAUCGGCAACAAGUGCGAGUAAGAGUAGUGGUACUACGAAGAGCGGGCGCGGGCAGGAGUCGCGCGAUUGCCACCACCUGAGCCACUUGUCGCGCAAUGUGUUGCGGGCGCGCCGCGGUGUCGUGCGCAUGCUCAUCGUGGUCGUGCUCACCUUCGCCGUCUGCAACCUGCCCUUCCACGCCAGGAAGAUGUGGCAAUACUGGUCCAGCGGAUACGAAGGCACCAGUGACUUCAGCAGUCUCCUCACGCCACUGACGUUCCUGUUCACGUACUUCAACUCUGGCAUAAACCCCCUCCUGUACGCCUUUCUAUCGAAAAACUUCAGGAAAGGCAUGAAAGAACUGUUGUUCUGCCAUUACCAUGGGAAACGAAAAAGCGAAAAUUUAAUAGUUUUAAAUCCUGUAGGCGUCGGGUUACGACGCAGCUCGACGCGCUCCACCCGAGCUAACUGCAGCACUGUGACGAUGGCUCCCAACGGAGAGUCAUGAGAUUUGCGUCGGCGGCGCUUCAUUUACAAAGUGGAAAAUAUUGACAUUUCCUGAUUAACGGAGAGCACGGACGAGGUGACCGACAGCAGCGGCUUCUACACCGUCUCGACAAUUUCUAAAAAAGAUUUGUAUGACUGAGGACAGCUGAGUCGGUGCUCGACAAACGUAUAAAGACAUUUCGUGAUGUGAACUAUUAACUUGGUUACAAACUUAUCGGUAACUUGUUCGAUGGUGUAUUUAUUUAUGUUACGUAGUGAUCUCACGAGCUUAACACUUCAGUAGAUAGGUAAACAUUGUGAUUGAAAGGAUUAUGUAGAUACAACAACGAAACUAAGUUAGAUACCUACAUAUCUGUGGAGAAAAACCAUUAACUGGCAUCAACGCAUGUACAAUAUGCGAAGUCUCAUACUUUCCUUCUUAUUUAUAUCAAAAUAAACUAACCUAAAAUACAAAUAGUGUUUAAUGUAUAUACAUACAGAAUAUGCUGGGACUUUUAAAAUGAAAUAUGAGGUUAGUACCUAAUACCUUACAUGUAUUUUUAGUUUUCUUGAAUUUUACAGAGUAUCAGAACUGCGAUAUUAUUAAGGUCUUUUUGUUUUCAAAUGUUACUAACUGGCAAGAAUUACUUUAUAUUGAUAUUGUUUAUUGCUUAACAAUAAGAAGAUAAUUAUAUAUUUUUUAAUUACUAUGUGUGCCAAAAAAAUAUAAUAACUUGUUUUGCCGCUCUGCCUAGCGAAAUAUUCUGCUACCAUAAUUAUUUUCUUGCCCCUGAAUAAGGCUAUGUAGCUCAUGAAAAUAAAUCACUAGUCAUUUAUUUAAAAAGUUAUAAAAAAGAGAACAUUAACGUUGUAAUGUACUAUAAUGAAUAAUCAUUUCCUCUAUAUUUUUGUUUCCUUAUACCAAAGAUUGUUUACGAAAUUAAAGUACAAAAGAGUAAAAUACAAUACAAUUGUAUGCGUAUGUAAAAAAUAAUUAAGAGUUAGACCUUAAAGAAAGAAUUAUUUAUAAAGUAAAAACUACCAUAUGAAAGGUGGAAGAUAAAAUAUAGUAACUAGAAAGUAAAAUUAUUUAACAUCUUACAACAAAAAUAUAUAUUUUUUUACUUGAGUAGCUGAUAGUGAUUUAAAACUAAGCUACAUUACUUUACAAAAAUACAAUAACUAGGUACACUUAUGCAUGAAAACGAUUUAUAAUUCGCGAAGUAACUGUUUUUGUAGAUUUAUAAGGAUAAAAAAAUAACUUAUGUGUUAUGCUUGUUCAAUGAAAAAGGAAAUAAAAAAUGCCUAUUAUAGAAGUCAAUUUCAUUAAUUGAGUUACUUGGCCUAAUAAUAUAAUCGCAAAACUUUAUGCUUUGAUAAAAUAAUGUUGGCACACACUCAAAUUAAAUAAUAUUUUAUUCGUAUCUAAUAUUCUCACCAAAUCCACCUCUCAUUAUGAUAAUAAUGAGAUCAAAAGAAAUCCUUCAAAUAGAACAAACAUAAAUAUAAUCUCAGUAAUAAUUGUCCCUAAAUUUUAAUUUGUAGACUAAGUAACUGUUCAUAGAGUAUACAAUAGAUAAGUAAAGCAAAUUAUAAUAUGAUAAAUAAUGCUUCCUGAUCAGGUUUGUGAAAUUUGUACAUACUAUAAAUUAUAUGUAUAUCAAUAACUUAUAAAAAUAUUAAUGUGUGUAUUAAUUUUGCAUGUACGAAUUUAAAAAAAAAAAUGUAAAUAUGAUGCAUCAAAUGUUUGUACUUUA